AUGGUCUAUUGGGGUGAAGCGCCGGAUACGGUGACCGUGUUUCAUGAAGAUGUCUCCGUGGAGGUCAAACUGCACCGUGCUCCAUCCCCGUCCAUGUACACGAAUGAUAUCUCCGUUUGUGUUGGACCUAUGCAUUGGUUCAACGAUUGGCCUCGAUUGAUUGUUUUUGCCGAAUAUUUGAAAAGUCAAGGGAUCAAGAAAUUUCUUCUACAUGUUCAAUCCGUUUCGAAAACAGCCAAGAAAGUGUUGGAUUAUUAUGAAAAGGAGGGAUUUCUCGAGGUUCGUGGCUGGCCAUUGCUUCCAUUCAACAAAUAUUGGAAUCCCAACUUGUACACCUACAAUGUGGCUCAUCAUCGUGAAAUGUACGAUUGCGGGUUCUGGUCGGCUUCGAAAUGGACAUUCUACGGGGAUCUCGAUGAUUUACCGUAUAUUCGCGAGAAAAGGGGCAUUAACAUUCCCAAAGAGGAGGCUCUCUAUUUGCAUAUGAGGGCCAAUUUUGAUUGGGACCCAAAUGUGACCAGAAUCGAGAAUCGAAAAUACAUGGAUGUCAAGUUUUUUGAAGAGAAAGCAAUUGAUGAAAAGCUAGAAGAAAUCCGUGAAAGGAUUCGCGAGAUUUUGCGGGAGGAGAAACCCGAAUAUCGGGGAUUCGAAGUGAUGGCAGCGAUGGAUCGAUGUGUCAAAAGAUUGAAACAAGAAGACGAGCCAUUCAAUAGGACGGAAUGUUGGAACCCGGGCGCCCCGUGUUUCGGCGAUAUUUACCCGUUGGACGAGUGGGUGCUGGCGAAACCGGAAGAGAACAACAAAUUUCACAUUCUU